GUGUCCUGAUGGACGUGUUUUCCAGGUAUGACAACAUGGCAGAGCUGUUUGCAGUCGUGAAGACGAUGCAGGCCCUGGAGAAGGCGUACAUCAAGGACUGUGUCACGCCCAAUGAGUACACUGCAGCCUGCUCCCGCCUCCUGGUGCAGUACAAAGCCGCCUUCCGGCAGGUUCAGGGCUCAGAGAUCAGCUCCAUUGAUGAAUUCUGCCGCAAGUUCCGUCUGGACUGCCCAUUGGCCAUGGAGAGGAUCAAGGAGGACCGGCCCAUCACUAUCAAGGAUGACAAGGGCAACCUCAACCGCUGCAUCGCCGACGUCGUCUCGGUGCGCCCCCAUGGCCCCAGGGUCCUGGGGGGCGUCAGGGGAGCUAAUGCCAACCACUGGCCACACGUGCAGAGCCCUGGGGUCUCCAGGGCUGUGCAGCACUGAGACUCGGGGUGGGGGACCCCUGUAGCUGGGAACAAGAGGGGUGAGCAGACCUUUCCCCCUUGGCUGCAUCCAGGAAGCCCCCCAGGCUCCUCUCCAGCCUGAGACCCACAUAGGCUAUGCCUAGGAGGCCCAGUCAAAGCAGGGCCAUGAACAACAGCAGCUCGCUGCCCCCGGGGGCUAAGCUGCAGGGAGAGGGCUUCAGGAGUGGGGGUGAGGUCUGAGUGACUGCUGGACAGCGAAGUUGUAGAGUGGGGAGGCUGAGGACGAAGAGCGGGUUCCUGAGGCCAGAGGGGGCCUGGGCAGGGCUGACCUGAGCUCGGCCUCCCAGAGGAAUCAGGCCUGUGGGUGGCAAGG